CGUCAUGCCGCAGCCGGUCGCGGCGGCGGCACCGCGCAUGGAGGCAGCUGUGGCGGCGCCGGGCGGCGCCGCCGGGACUCUGUUGCUCUGUCUGGCCCUCGCCUCGGGCCUGGUGCUUUGCGACAGUGCGGGUGCCAACGCCACGGCUGCCAGCCUGCCCUGCGGGAACUGCACAGGCAGUGUGCCGCAGCUGCGGCGGCGGGGCCACUUCUCUCGGUGCCCGGAAGAGUACCGGCACUACUGCAUCAAAGGGCGAUGCCGCUUUCUCGUGGCCGAGCAGGCGCCAGCGUGCGUGUGCGAGCGAGGUUACACGGGCGCCCGCUGCGAGCGGGUGGACAUCUUCUACCUGCGGGGUGACCGGGGCCAGAUCGUUGUCAUCUCCCUUGUUGCGGCCGGGGCUGCCCUCGUUGUCCUCAUCAUCUGUGCCUGCCUCUGCAGUCGGCGCUAUCGGAAGCGACGACGGAAGAGAAAGGAGGAAAAAAUGGAGGCACUGAGUAAGCCUGAGCCUGCCAAGAGCGAGGACGCGCUGGAGAUGCAUGUCACGUGAGGGUGUGUGGUACCGAGGGGUGGCCAGGGAUCCGAGGGUGCUGGCGCUGACAGCGGCCCCUCUCCCUGCAGCAGCUCCUGGUACCCGCAGCCAGGUCACCUGCAGCGGUGUUGCCUGGCCUGAUGGGCAAGGACUGCAGCUCGUGGUGGCGCUAAUAAAAGGGGGUAAUGGAAA